AUGAUCACAAAUCAAGAAGAAAAAAUGUUAAAAGAUAUCAAAAUGAAGUUUGAUAUCAGAAGAAAAAUCCUAACCCAAAAAUACGAGCGCUGUGAGCUGCAUCUGACGUUGCUACAGACGUGCUCAGACUAUGCGGAUAGCUUGCUCAGACACAACAACAACGUCGGAUUCCUUUAUUUGGAACGACAGGCCGAAGCCCGUAUGCGGGAACUCAUUAAUAUGGACAUCGAGAUCGAACCAGAACAAACUGGAUGUCUCCAGUUUUUACGAAAUGAAGUACUAAUACAGCACAUUAUAGAGAAAGACAUUGGUCAAGUUGCGACGACACCAGCACUGGCUGUCAUGUCUUUCUCAGAUCACCGUAGCGGGCACACUUCAAGCAGUCAGAUACCGCGGUUAUUACCGAGCAAUGUCAAGCCAACGUUCAAGAGGAUAUUGAAAACAAGGCACGAGAGGGGUUCCCAUGGUUACAUAAGAAAACCAAAUGGCGUGUUAGUCAAUCAAAAUGGCGAUAUCAUCGUAACCGAUCCGAUUAAUAGUCGUGUGGUGGUGUAUGGUAGUGAUGGUAAUUACAAAAAGGCAAUAUGUUUACCGGAAAGAGGCACUUUCAAACCUGGUGGGAUAUGUAAAGUUAACAAUACAGACAUCGCUAUCGCCGACAGGGGCGGCAAUAAUCGAGUAGUUAUAUCAGACAAGAAUGGGACAUUCAAGUCACACUUUGGACAGGGAGAACUGCAAGGUCCUGUGUCUAUUGCAUCUGGCAACAAGAGGUUAUAUGUAGUUGAUAAGGAACCGCCAGGUGUGAAAGUCUACAAGCCAAGUGGUAAAAUGAUACGAUGUAUCGAAGGAAAAAUUAGUACCCGAGACAGUAUGCGAGAUCCCCGCCAUAUUGCUAUCACUCACACAUCCGGCAACAUUUUAAUCGCUGACGUCGACAUCAAGCGCGUGCUUUUGUUUGAUUCGCAUGGACGUUUCCUAUAUUCCAUAGGUUCCACUGGUAGAGGGUCGGGACAGUUUACAAAUCUACAGGGCGUUGCUGUUGAUAAGUUCAACAAUAUAUUCAUAUGUAGUGAGCAUCGUCUUCAGAUGUUUCGAGAGGACGGAACACCUGUGUGCCGCGUUGACAACGAAGAUGACGUCUUGAUCUACCCACACAGCGUCACGGUUGUGAAUGAUGUACCGUGUAAAGUGGUCGUUGUAGGGGACGAAUUUGAUGGUUACGUCGCUGUUUAUGAGUUGGUUCAAUAA